GUUGCCACCAUCAUCAGUCAGGUAUGCUGCCUGCUCACCUGUGAAAGGCUUCUCAGCAGCCAAGCCAUUCUCCAAACCAAAGCUUCCCAUCUCUUUCUUUGCCUUUCCAUUAACAAAAUGAGUUACCACCAGCCCCUCCGGAGGGCCUUAGCUUUUCAUCAUCUCUAGUGAUGAGGCUGAAAUCCAGGAAGAGCCAUCCGGAGGAACCCUGACAAGGUGAAGCCAAGUCCCAAGAGAAAUAGCUCGCAGCUCUCCAGCCUGAGCAGAGAGCAGCGGUGGCUCCCGGGACUCAGAGGCAAAAGCAGAGAGCUAGCACACAGAUUCCAAAGCCAUGACAAAGACAACCACUUGCAUCUAUCACUUCCUUGUUUUGAACUGGUACGUCUUCCUCAAUUGCUACAUCCCACAUAUUGGAAAGGACAAUGAGAAGUUAAAGGAAUUCCAUGAUGGCGGACGGUCGAAGUACUUGACGCUCCUUAAUCUGCUUUUGCAGGCCAUUUUCUUUGGAGUCGCCUGCCUGGAUGAUGUGCUGAAAAGAAUCAGAGGAAGGAAAAACAUCAAGUUCAUCACAUCCUUCCGAGACCUGCUGUUUACCACCUUGGCUUUUCCUACAUCCACAUUUGUAUUUUUGGUAUUCUGGGGCCUCUUUUACUAUGAUCGAAGUCUCGUUUACCCCAAGGGCCUGGAUGACUUCUUUCCAGCAUGGGUUAACCACGCAAUGCAUACCUCCAUAUUCCCCUUAUCACUGAUGGAAGCCAUUCUUCGACCACACUACUACCCACCGAAGAAGCUAGGCCUCUCCUUGUUGGGUGCUUGUAACCUUGCCUACAUUAUCAGGAUCCUGUGGCGCUACUCUCAGACCGGAAACUGGGUGUACCCCGUGUUUGCCUCCCUCAACCCACUGGGUAUUAUCAUCUUCUUCUCGGCCAGUUACAUCCUGAGUGCCGGCAUCUACUUGCUUGGAGAGAAGAUCAAUCACUGGAAGUGGGGUACCACAAUGAAGCCAUAUAUGAAGAAGAAGUGACGACACACUAUUUUCCAAGAGCCAUGGAAGAAGAAACAUAAGAACUGGUCAUCUUUCUAUUAUUCUCAUUAUUAUUAUUUCUUUGGGGAUCGGUGGUGGAAUAGCAUGGGGAGAUACAAAAGACAGAGAAUGAUGCAUAAGUUUAAUAAAGCCUAUGAAGGGAGCUUUGCUUGAGAUCUCUUGGCUUUCAGAAAGGCUGGUAAACAAUUCCUGAAGUCUCGGAAUCCAUUGAUUUUUGUCUGACCUCCAUAGAGGAUUGUUUCUGGCUGGGGGAAAAAAAAAAGACUAAAGAAGCCUGGAUAAACUUGCUGGAGGACUUUAGAGAAGGGGUGUGGGGAGAGGAACUCAGAGCCAUCUAAUCACUAUACCUUCGAGGGGGAUGGUGAGGACCCAGAUGACAAGUUGUUACAUUGUCAAAAUCAUUGUGAUGUUGGACUAGCAGCACACAUGACUAUUCCCAGCAUACCGGAUGCUAGAUAAGCAAGGUCAUGAAUUCAAGGCUGGCCUAGGCUGCCGAGUAAGACCCUGUGGUGGUUUGAAAGAAAAUGGCCCCCAAAGAGAGUAGCACUACUAGAAGGUAUGGUCUUGUCGGAGUAGAUAUGGUCUUGUUGAAGGAAGUGUAUCGCUAUAGAGAUGGGCUUUGAGGUCUCGUAUUUGCUCAAGCCGUUCCCAAUGAGAUAGAUCACUCUCUGUUGCCUGCCUAACGAGAUGUAGGGCUCUCAACUCCAGCACCAUGUCUGCCUGCAUGCCACGAUGUCACACCGUGAUGAUAAUGGAUU